GUUGCGAUGAUGUCACGGGAAAAAGUGUUCUUCCAUGGUUCGACUGUGUAAAUGUAGUCGUCAAGUUUAUAGUGGUUCACUUUCAGUAUAUGUGCGUGUAUCCGUAAGUAUGUGAGUCUGUAAGUGUUUGUGUCUGUGUGUGUGUCUUCUGUCUCACUUAGUCCCUUCGCAGAUAUUCAACUCUUCGUUUGCUUUUAUUUUAUCUCCGGCUUCAGCUUUAUAUUGCACCAUGCCAGCCAUCAAACUCAAGAGAGUGACAGCAGAAUACCUUGCUGAAAAGACUGCACAACAAUCUAAAGCAGCUGCUGCAGCAAGCACAGCAGCAUCCACUGCAACACCAUCUGCAGCAGAUGAAGAUGCUUCAAACCGAUCUGAAUCCAGUACAGCAGCAGCUACUCCUACUAAAACAGACACAAAGAAUAAAGCCAAGCAGCCUACCACUGAGACAGCCAAAUCAAGUGGAGCUGGGUCAAAGAUUCUUUCUAGAUUAGAUGAUACAGUUUUGACAGAAAAACGUAAAAGAAAUGUUCCUGCUGCUGAGCUCAAGUUGAUGGAAUGGCUUGAUGAUAACUUUGAAGAGCGAGACAGCACAUCUAUUUCAAUGUUAAUACUCUAUGAUUACUAUGCCGAAACCUGUCAGUUAGAUGCAUCCAAAGUUGUGGAUAUUCCUAACUUUAAAAAGAUUGUGCGCCAGAAAUUUGGAAAAGGUAUUGGUAUCAAGGAAACUUCGGCUUAUAAAGGUUUGUUAAAAGAAAAGAAACCAAAGAAAAAACCAACAGUGCAAGCUGAGUCAUUGCGAUUAAAAAUGAAAGACAUUAUUGAUGAAGCUCUGAAAGAGUCAGGAAAUCCUAAAAAAGGCGUUCGUUUUCAUUGGUUGAAACAGUAUAUUGGGGCAAAAUAUCCUGCCCUCCGGGUUGAUUUAAAACCAGGCCUUCUAAAGGUUGCUCUUGAGCGAGGUGUUCGAUUUGGUUCCGUUCAAUUGGUUCGAGGAAUUGGUUAUUGUGGCUUCUAUCGUCUUCCCUUGCCAGAUAGCACCGAAGAAGCCAAAGUUGUCAAAUCUAAGAAAAAAGAAAGUGGAUCCGAAGAUAAAAAAAGUGAUGGUACUGCUGAUGAAACUGCUAAAUCUGAAGAUGCUGGUGAGAACGGUAGUGAUGAGAAAAAAGAUGAUGGCGAUAAAGCCACUGAUGAAACUGAGAAAAAGACCAGGAAGAGAAAGUCCACUAAAGAUGAUUCUAGUAAGACAGCUAAAAAGUCAAGGAAAGCGAAGAAAGGAAAAAAGAAAAAGAAGCCAAAACAUAGUACAGAGCUGAAGAUUGAAGACACAUUUCCGCUAGCCAUUACUUUCAUGUCAGAACCUAAAGAAGCAUCAGUGUCUCGGAUUAAGCGUUAUAUCCAAGACUUUUAUCCAGAUGUCAAUGCUGAAGUGAGGCUAAAGAAAGCUCUAGAAAAAGGUGUUGAGCGAGGAUUAUGGGAACAAGUGACUGGAACAGGAGCUUCUGGAACUUUCAGACUUCUUAUUGAUGAAUUCAAUCCUGGAAAAUGUGAAACUGUGGAAGACAUGGUAUGUCUGGCAAUUGUUGCUACUCAUGAACCAAAACAGGCUUCUGCUCUGUUAAUCAAGCGUUAUGUGCAAGAGUUUCAUCAAGAUUUCAACAUUGAGACCCGACCACAUCUGUUUAAGAAUGCAAUUAGUAGAGCUGUUAAGAAAAACAUCAUCAAGCAAUUAUCUGGUAUUGGUGCCAGUGGUACAUUUCAACUAUUACUACAAUAUGGACCGUCCCCUGCCAUGUUGGCUGGAAAUCAAGAGGCAGAUGAUGUUGGCCAGGGUAGCAGUGACGAUGAUGAACCAGCCGAACAGUAUUAUGUCCGACCAACCAAGUCUCGUGGCCGAGGGCGCGGUGUUAAAAUGAUUAUUGGCAAGAAAGCCAAGCGAUGAAAUCAGAACUCUUCAUCUUUCCUAUUAAAGAGUGCCACUUGUCAGUCGUUUCAGAUGAUAUAAAGAAAUCAGUAUACAUACAUAUUACAUGAUGCCAACCACAUUUUUUACAUACUCAUCCUGCAUCAGGUCACAAUCAUUACAUCUGGCUUUACAUGUUGUCACCAUCUCCACGUUUCUCAGUUGUCUUAGAGCCAUUUUUCAUAUUUCCUACUCAGACACUCAAUCUGUGUGUGUGCGUGCGUGUGUUUAAGAUUACUUUUAAUCCCCACCCCAUUUUGUCAAACAAUCACAUGAAACCAACAAUAAAAUAUAUUCUGUCUUAAAUGUAUAUGUUUUGUAAAAAUAAUUCUAAUUUCUAUUUAAAACAUAAAAUUAUCAUUAUACUCCACACAUACACAUCCCCUUUAUAAUCUCAAAUUUAAAUUGCAUUUAUUUAUGUUUGAUUAACCAUCAUAUUCUGAUGGUUUUCUGUUUAUUUUGAUCAUUGAUUAUGCUUUCUUUUAAAUUUGUAUAAUAAAAUAUAUACUUGGUUUAUGUAAAAAUCUAAUCUCAAGUUAUAGUUUUAUUCCAAAUUUCAAAGUCUUUUUGAUCUAUUGAAAAAAAGACUUUCAUUUUUUUUAUAAAACUAUUUGAAGAAUUUUGUGUGGUUUCAAACACUAAAACUUAUUAUUCAUGUUAUUAGUAUAUCUUCAUAACUUUUUAACUGAUCAUAUUAGCAAAUUUAGUGAGUACUACAAAUCAGCACAUAGUUGUAGAGAGAUCAAUAUUGGUUGAGUAGCAGACAGUGAACGAAACAUUGCAACUUUGUAUAUUUAACUUGUUUGUGCUUUGUUUUAUAUUUUUAGUGGUUUAUAUCUGGUGAGGUGAUCAUGUAACAUAUAUUUUCAUGCGAUAACUUUCACUGCAUUCUCUCUCCUUCAGUGACUACUUUUUUAUCUGUCGCAAUCACUGGUGUGUAUAAUUUAUGGAAAUGUUUUAAAUGGUGUAUAUGAAUCAAGAAUGUUGAAUAUAUUCCUUAAACUAUCAUAGAAAAUAAAUUUUCAGUUAGAAACGAAAAUGUUUCUUUUAAAAAAAAAUAUUUAAAAAAAACAUAAAAUAGUUACUGUUUUGAUUGUUUCAAAAGCUGUAUCAGUUAUAGUGUUUAUAUUUUAGUUGUAUUCUUUUUUCUAAUUUUCCUUGGGACAUCUUUGUAAUUAGUAUAUUUCUCUAAUUAGGCAGAGGUAAGGGAUAGUUUUGUAGAAAGAUCAAAUAACGAUCUCAAUGUUAUAUAUAACUAUUACAAGUUACAAAUGCUAUUCAGUUCUUGUGGGCCUAAAAUAUGCUAGGAAUUGUCAGAACUAUAUAAAAUAAUGUUUUAUCCUCAUGGCAAAGAUAUUUUAUUCUGUUUGGCAUUAAUUAUGAUAAAUUACACUUCCCUCUAAAUUUUACUUCUAGGAAUUAUUUGGCUUUGAAAUGGUUUUUGUUCUGAUUUCUAAACUAAAUUAAAUGAAACACAAACAGGAUAAGAAAGUUAACAUUCAUUCAUAAAUAUGGAAAUUUUACAUCUUUGGAUUUAAAGAACAUAUAUCAGAUAGACGAAAGAAGUUAUAAAAUGUGAUCCAGAAAUAGUCAAACCAUUAUGUGAGUGAAUCCCUCCUACAUUUUUGUGUACUGUACACACUGUUCCAUUAAAUAUGGUCUGAAUGGGAGUGAUAAACAACAAUAAUUAUUAUUACAUUUAUAUAUUUUUCUAAGAGUAACACUAAAAAAAAAUAUGAAUUUUACCUGGAGCAACUGGUUGAUGAAUGAUGCUUGAAUGUCUUCUAUUAGAAAUAUCUAUUCAUUGUAAUAAUAUUUUAUUGCAACAAAAUGUUUUAAUGGUUAUUUAGAGAUAACUUUCACUUGUUAGAUUUGCUUAACUGUAUUUUCAUAAAAUCUCAGUUGUUCCAAUGUAUAAUAAACAUAGUGAGUGUUGUUCAAUGGAUAUAAUCAUUUCAUGGUUUCCAUUUUCAAUUUAUUUCACUUACAUUAAUAUAAAUCCUCAGGAAAUGCAUGAAUGUUACACCUUAUCUUGUUUUCCUUAUAAGAUAUUAAUCUUAAGCCUAUCUAGAAAAUUAAUAAUAAUAAUAAUUAAAAAUAAAAGAAAUAGAAUAAAAUCAAAUAAUUAUGAGAGAUAUUUUUAUCAAUGUGUAACUGAUAUGAAAUUGGGGUUUAUAGCGAGGGUUUAUCACAUAAGUAGUGUAUGAAACCAAGGUUGAAAUUUGUUUUCCAUUUUUGUGAAAUAUUUUUUGCAAGAUAUUUAGCAGAUGCUAUUUAAUAGAUUGAAUUUAUUUUUUUAUAUUGUAAGAUGAAAGUUUGAUAUAUUGAAAAGUAAUAAAGCAUAUUUCUAAAUGUUUUUCAACAUUUUAUUUGGUCUCCAUCUAUUCCAGCUAUCUCCUUAACAGAACCCUACUGCUCCUACACUUUAUAAUUUCCUGAGUUAAAUUAAGUAAGCUAUUUUUAAUUAGCUCAUUAGAACGUUUUUCUGCUGAGUAUUUACUUCUGUGUCCAUAGGAAUCUGAGUUUUUUUUUCUGUGAGAAUAGAAAAAGUUUUCUAAGACUGAAAAUAGGGUUAGCACAAUUCAUAGAAAUUUUCUAACAAAUUGUGACUAGAAUACUUGUGCUGUGAUUCCCCCAGUGUUAGCUAUAUUUUGUUGCCGUAUGAUCUUGAAAUUAUGUUUAUGUAUUAUAUGUGUGUGUCUUUCUCUCUCUACAGUUUUUUCAACUCUCAUGCUAAUAAUGUUAAUAUUUAUUAAUACUAAUUGUCUAAAAUCUUUGGAUGUAUAUACAGUUUAAUUUUAAACUCUCCAUUAUCAACUGACUUAAUUAUAAUAGAUCAGCACAGUCAAACAUAAUUUUGACACAUUAAAAAAUAUGCUCUUAUACAAAAAAAGUCUGGUCAGUUCAGAUGUUAUAUAACUUUUUAACUGUGCAUCAUAAAUUAGUUUGCAUUAGUAAAUAAUCAAUUAGAAAAUGAUUGAUCUGCAAAGUAUACUAUUCACAUAGGAACAGGAUUUCAAUGUCCACUGCUGAAUCUAUGUUAAACAACCAUAAGAGAAACUCAUCUCUUAAUUCUCUUUGGAAAUUUCUGAAUUUGCCUUAAUUUUCUUGAAAUACCACUCUAUUUUGUCUUGGUCAUUUGUUCUCAUUUACUCAUGGCAAAAACACUUGUAGAGGUUAUAUUUUCUUUAUCGAGAGUCCUAUGUUGUAAUAUAUAUAUAUACAUACAUAUAUAUAUAUAUAUAUAUAUAUAUAUAUAUAUACAUACAUAUAUAUAUAUAACAUUCUUGCCUUAAAUUUGCAACUGAAAACAAUUAAAAUCUUUGGAGUGUGUAUAAGGGAAAGGCCAAAUACAUAUAAUAUUAUUUCAUAUCCCUUUUAAAGAUGUAUAUAACAAUACAAACUGAGAAUUUUCUCCUAACCUCUCUUUCUUUCUCCUUUCUUGUUUAAUUUUAUAUUUUGAUGAAUGAAGUUUGUUCAAUCAUUUUAUCAGGGUUGGAAGAGAAAAAAACGGACUUUUUAUUUCUUUAUUUUAUUUUGUUUUUGUAAUUGCCAAAAAUUACAUCUUAUGACUUUGUGUGUUUGGUGGGAGAGAGAGAAAUAGAGAGAUAACAGCUCAGUUUAAUAAUAUAACAACCCUUUGAGAGUGGAGGAACCCCCUCUCCCCACAACAUAAUAUCAAUUUAGUCAGUUUGUGUUUAUCAUAUUUACAUUAUUAUAACUGGUUACUUCACCUGUGUUCAGGUGUCAGAUAUAGCAACAAUUUUCCUUCUAUCUUAGUUAUUUUAUAUGGAAUUUCUUAUUUCUCUAUAACUAUCAGCUCAUAACCAUCUUUUCUUGCAAAUGUAUUAAUAUUUCUAUUGAAGAUAUGAGUGGUGCUUUGUAGCAAGGUUAGCUCCUGGCUAGCUACAACAGUGAACCAGUUUGAAUUCUUGCUUGAAAUCUAUUCACUUCUUUGUUAAUGUCUCCUUGGGAAUGACAUGAACUUCUUUCUUCCUCUAAAAUAGGGCCUCUGUGCCUAGUCAAAAAGAAUCCAGAAUUUAAUUUUUAACUUCAAGAUUGUAUUCCUGAAAUACUUCCCUUUGACAGAGUUUCUACUCAAAUCAUGUUUAGUUUAUAUUUUACAGUUGAAAUAUGAAUUGUUUUUUAUUUCUCAAGUAUUUGGCUGUAGUUUAAUAUAUAUAUAUAUAGAACAUUCUACAUUUGUAAAUGCUACAUUUCAAGAAAAAAUGUCAUAACCUCUGACAGUUUUAUUGCAUAUAUUCCCUUGAUAUGUAAUAUAUACAUAUGGAAACCAGUAUAUGUUAUAAUUGUAAUAUGUACAGAUGUAAAUCUAUGAUUAUAUUAUAGUUUAUUGUCUUCAGUUACAUCCAUUUUGGUGUUACUUUUUAAGUUGAUUUCUUGAUUUUUAUCAAAUGUUUCAUAUGUGUGAUGGAAUACAAAUAGGAUGAAAUGUGUAUAAGAAGUUGUAUUACAUUUUAAACAAGAGGCAGUUCUGUGUCUGUGUGUAUGGAUGGAUGUAUGUGUGUGUGCCUGCGCGCACUAAGUACAAUUUCAAAUCCAUACCUAAAUGUUUCAUAACAACCAACAUCACAUUGAAGUGACUGCAAUCAUAAUAUAUGCAUGCAUACUCAUAUACAAACAUACAUACAUACACAUUAUUCAUUUUUUUUUUUUGUUUCAUUUCAACAUGAAAUUAAAUUAAUAAUUUCAUGUUGAACUAAAAACUAAAUAUUAAUAAACUAUAAUAUAUUUGGAGUUCCUUGGGUUUAUUUAUAUAUAUAUAUAUUUGUUUUGUUUUUUUUGUUUUUUUUUCUGCUUGAUUUUUUUUCAAGCUUAGUUUUCAUUUUAUAUGAACUGACUUGUGAGAGUUUCUAGAUUUACUUCAAGGUAUAACUCAUGGUUAGAGUUUACGUCUUUUCCAAAUGAAACUACUGUUUGGAAAUGAUAGGCAGUUGUUUCCUAAAUUAACAAAGCAAUCAGACAUGUGCCUCAAUAAAAAUAAAAUAAAAAAGAAAGCAAAUGAAAAAUUCUUCUGCAGAUGUGCUUUGAAGUACUAGUUAAAGAGCAAGCCAUUGUUUUCCCUUUCACAAAACAACUCUGCAAAUGGUUAAAAUAAUAGAAUUUUGUUCUGAAAUGUAUAUUUUAUUUAUUUAUUAUCAUCAUUAUUAUUUUCAUGUGAAUUUUGAGUGAAAUAAAAUUUAUUUAUAAGCUGACUGGA